AUGGCAAUUGACUUGAACGAGGAAUUCAUUCGCGAGGCCAGCGUUGUGGCGCCUCCCUCUGUCUUAUUGUCUCCAGUUGCGUAUCUGCAUCCUAUGCGUAUUGAGUUUGUUCGGGGUGACCUCACGAGGCCACCAUGCCUCUCGUGUUGCAAAGACCGAUUUGAUGGGGAGGAGGAAAGCUUAAACGUGUCACCCGUCACUUCCUCGCUUUUACACUUGCCACACUUUGAUGCGGUUAUUUCGGUGGAAGUGUUGGAUAACAUAGCGCCGCAAGGUGUUCCUACUUACACCGAAGUUCUUUUUGCCCAUCUGGCGGCAAGGUCUGAUGCACGUGUUGUAGCCAUCACGACUCCUAAUCGGGAUCGUAAUGUGCAUGCUCUCUUUGAGACUUCCGAUGGUGACGCCUGUGUCAACGGUUCUCCCUCCUUUGAGGGGAUUGCCACUCAUCUUCCUUACCCUGUUCGCCACGUGGAUCAUAAGUUUGAGAUGACGGCCGCACAAUUUAAAUGCUACUGCGAUUACGUGCUGGAGGCCUAUUGUCCUUUGUGGUGCUCUUACACACUGUUUGGAGUUGGGGAUAAUUUCACGCAAGGGGCAAUUUUUUACUCUGCUUCGUCUUUGGAUGUUUCUGUUUUCGUGGAGGAUUCAAAUGCGGCAAACACAACAUUUGCGGCACUGAGAAAAAAACAAACGAUUGAAAAAUGA